AAACAAACGACACUUACUUCCUGUUUCCGUAAACACGUGUGUGCGCACGCGUGUGUGAGUGAGAGCGCUCACGAACCGUGUAAACGACUUUAAACCCGUUUAAAAGUCUUAGUUCUGGUCCGCCAUGUUGGGAGAAUUAGGUUUAAUCGGAACCAUUCGGGACGAGGACCAGAGUCCGGAAGAACCCGACAGCGAGUCCGAGAACGAGGAAGCACCAAUUGUCCUGAAGAGGAAAAAGAAGUUGAACCCUUCGAGGUCGAGAGACUUUAACAGUGACUUUCUGUUUGGAGAGCGAGACUGUCUGCAGCGUGAUGAUGACUGGGUGAUGGCGGACGUGAUGAAACAGCUUAAAAACAAGAGAAGUGCGACAACUCUGGACCAGAAAAUAGACAAAAUUAGGAAGAAGAGAAAAGCUGAGGAGAAGUUGUCUCAGACCGAUGUUAGUGAUGCUGCUGCAGAGAAGAACCAGGAGGACGAUGAAGAGCAACCUGUGAAGAUCACUGAAGAUGAGGAGGAGGAGGAGGAGGAUGAUGAGGAGGAGGAGGAGGAGGAGUUUGAUACAAGUGAUGAGGAGAUUCUCACUAAAUCAGACGUCCUGAGAGAGAAGGAACGACGAGGGAAGAAGAGGAAGACUGGAGAGGAGGCCGCAGAGUCGUUCUACGAAGACGCGUCUCAGUAUGAUGAUCAGCUGACCUUUGAUGACAUGAACCUGUCCAGGCCCAUCCUGAAGGCCAUCACAGCUCUGGGCUUUAAGCAGCCCACUCCCAUCCAGAAGGCCUGUGUUCCGGUCGGUCUGCUGGGCAGAGACCUGUGUGCCUGCGCUGCUACUGGGACAGGGAAGACGGCGGCCUUCAUGCUUCCAGUGUUGGAGCGCUUGGUUUAUAAACCCAGGAUGUCCCAGGUGACCCGGGUCUUGGUUCUUGUUCCCACCAGAGAAUUGGGAAUCCAGGUUCACUCUGUGGCCCGCCAGCUUGCCCAGUUCACCUCCAUCACCACUUGUCUCGCUGUUGGUGGCUUGGACCUGAAGUCUCAGGAAGUAGCUUUGAGGGCGGGGCCAGAUAUCCUGAUUGCUACACCAGGUCGACUGAUCGAUCACCUCCACAACACUCCGAGCUUCGAGCUCACGCACAUCGAGAUCUUGAUUCUGGACGAGGCUGAUAGGAUGCUGGAUGAGUAUUUUGAGGAGCAGAUGAAGGAGAUCAUCAGGUUGUGCUCCUACAGCAGACAGACCAUGUUGUUCUCUGCCACCAUGACAGACGAGGUCAAGGACCUGGCAGCGGUUUCGCUGAAGCAGCCGAUCAGGAUCUUUGUCAACAGCAACACUGACGUGGCUCCGUUCCUGAGACAAGAGUUUGUCAGAAUCCGACCGAACAGAGAAGGAGACAGAGAGGCUGUGGUGGCAGCUCUGCUGACCCGGACGUUCCAGGAUCAUGUGAUGGUGUUCACUCAGACGAGGAAACAAGCUCACAGACUGCACAUCCUGCUGGGUCUGAUGGGACUGAAGGUCGGGGAACUGCAUGGAGAACUGAGCCAGAACCAGAGACUGGAGAACCUCAGACGUUUUAAAGAUGAACAGAUUGACAUCCUGGUGGCAACGGAUGUUGCAGCGAGAGGUUUGGACAUUGAUGGAGUAAAAACAGUGAUAAAUUUCACCAUGCCGUCUACCGUCAAACAUUACGUCCAUCGAGUUGGACGCACAGCAAGGGCUGGACGCACUGGUCGCUCGGUGUCUCUGGUCGGAGAGUCAGAGAGGAAGAUGUUAAAGGACGUGGUGAAGACCGCUAAGAACAGCGUGAAGGCUCGAGUCCUGCCACCAGAUGUCGUCCUGAAGUUCAGAGAUCUCAUUGGUAAACUGGAGAAAGACGUUGAUGCUGUGACGAAGCUGGAGAGAGAAGAAAGAGAACUGGCUGCGUCUGAGGCAAAGUUGAAUGUGGCUCAGAAGCGUCUGGAUGGCUCCGCCUCUUCCUGUCAAUCACAGAGAGAUUGGUUUCAGACUCAGCAGGAAAGAAAACAGAGUCGCAUGUCUCAGGCUCUGCAGGAUUAUGAUCUCGCUCUCCGAGGGAAGAAGAAGAGAAAGAAGUUUGUGAAGGACAGCAAGAAGAAGGAUCUGACGUGUGACGAGCGCGCUCAGUUCGAGAUCUUAAAGGCUCAGAUGUUUGCUGAGCGGGCGGCCAAGAGAGAGAGACGACCAAAGAGAGCGAGAGCGAUGCCUGAGGACGAGACGCCGACCAAAGCAGCCAAUCAGAAAGCAGGAAAAGGAGGAAAGAAGUCGGCGUUUGACAAAGAGUUGACAAAUACAAGCAAGAAGGCUCUAAAGAACUACAGAGGAGGGCCGUCCUUUGCUGACAGGAAGCGUCUCGGUUUGAACAGGAAGUCUUCUGGCGGUUCCAGGUUCAAGAAGAAGAAGUGAAGAUGGUUGACUUC